AACGAAAGAAGAAGCGACGCGGCAGCCGUGGGAGCGAGCGGCCGGCGUCCGGCAAACACCGGAUCUUAUUGUCGCUACCGAGAGCUUUGGCCACUGACUAUGGCACACUUUCGAGGUCAGAUACGGGGGCCACACUGGGGUCCUACAAUGGACAACAUGCUGAUAGAUUUCUGGCGCAAACAUGACUGCCUUUUUAAUUCCUCCGUGGAUUCUUACUACGACAAGGAUCUAAAGACCAAGCUAUGGAGCGAGUUCGCGCUGUCCAUCGGAAAGCCUGUAUCUGAUGUUGAGAGAAGAUCAAGAUCGCUCCGCACUCAGUACGGGAGGGUGUUGUAUCACCCCGAGAAGGUCAGCACUUCCCAGCAAAAGAUGCUCAGGGAGAAACUUGAUUUCUUGAGGCCUUACAUAGUUCGCCGCCGGGGUGAUUCGUGCCUGGAGGAAAAGUUUGAUGAUCAGGAAGAGGACGACGAGGAGUUGGAGACUGAAGGGAGUAUUGAGCAGGAGAUGGGAAGCUCAUUUGGUAGCCCACUGGAGGCUGACGGGACUGGGCAAGAUCCGUAUGAUGAACCCCAGUCUGUGGCGUCCACCCAGAACCCUGCUCCCCUGCACUGUCCAAACCCGCAGCCUCAAGUUACAGAGGUCAUGUCUUUGAGCUGUCCACACCGUCACAAUGACGAGGGUUCUGCCGAUCACCCUGACCAAACGGCUGCACCAAACACAUCCAGACACGACAUACUGAACCAGUUUGCAGAGGUUAUGUUGGCAGAUAUGCGUCAGAUCAGAGACCCUAUGGUGCUCAUGAGACUUCGGCGAGACAUCACAGAUCUGGUGUUCAAAGCAGUGGAGGAGGACGUGCAGGGACGGUGCGUUCGCGGUCCGCCCGUGCUGGGGGAGAGCACGCGGUUACAGGGCUGCUCCAGGCCCCAGCAGACAAACUACUCUUGGAGGCAGAGGUUUUUGAAGAGAAAGAACAAAGGGUGUGAGAAUGGAAGGAGGACGCAGAGGUGGGAGGAGAUGUCCAGGAGUCAGGUGUCGCAGCCUGUCCAGCAAAGCCAAGCACUGGAGAGGAUGAGUGACAACAGCUCUCAGGUUAUUAUUCAGGCCGCUGACAUCAAGAGAGAGGCAGAGCCACACAUGGUUAAGGUUGAGGAGGAGACGCACACCAUUGGCUUGAAAUUUUAGUUACAGAGUUGUCACUAUUUCUCCUGAUUACAGCCCUCUCAGACAGUAAGUGUAGGUUAGAACGCCUCUGAAGACUUGGAACACUUAAAUCAGUUAUUCAACAGUAAAUGAGAACCGUAGAAAACAGAUACGAACAAGUAUCGGUCGUGUAAAUUGGAAGUAACUUUUGAAUAUCUUUCAGCCAGAAAACUCACACCUUGUGUGACAAAGUUCUGGAUAAUUCUCAGCUGGAAGCACAAGACAGUGGACGCUGUGUGACCCACCUCCAAUAGACGACGCCUAAUGGAUGCUCCUCUGUUCUUCUCCUAUUAAAGAGAAAAUACCUGUUUUCA